AGUGAAUGGAACGUUCGUGAACGACUCAUCUUUAGUUUGGAGAGUGCAAGAAUAAAAAUCAGCCUUUUAUAACCAACCUUUUUUUCCUUUUCCUUUAUCUUUUUAAUAUUUAAAAACGUGCAAUUGCAAAGAACAGUCAGCAACAGUCAGUAACAGUUGCAUGUCAAAUUCGUUGCAAGGCAUUUGUAAUCAUUUAUAACGCUGUGUGGUGUGUAAAGAUCGAUCCAUUCUUUUAGAUGCAUCACAUCAAAACGUCAAAUGCGUAAAAGUGUACAUAUAUAAAAAAAGAUAUCUUUAAGAUAAUGAAAUAAUCUCUCUCAUAAAAAUACCAAUAAACAAAACGCCGCGGUCUAUCCUGGAUAAUAUUAAGAGCAAGGCUUACCCAACAAUUAAUGAAAAACAAUACAAUAUGGCUUCAGCAUCCAGUACAAGCGCACGUAGCUUGUUCAUUGAGUCGAAGAUGAGAUUGGCAGACAGAGUGCAAGUUAAUGUCAAUAAUAUUGCUUCACUUGCCAGGCAGAUACAACGAGGUUCCAGAAGCAACGAAAUUUUAACGCAUGCAGCAAGGAAUUUUGCACAACAGGAGCAUGGAUUGGAAAUGAUAGAAUCCAAUUUGAAGAAACUUGCACUCAUUGCUACUCAUUUGGAAUAUCAAAUGGAUGCGAUUGAUAAAAGUUCGGCAAUAUUAGAAGAAGUCACUGAGCAAGUACGAUCUAUGCAACGAUAAUGUAGGAUUGAUAUACAUAUAUAUAUUUUAUGUUGUACAUAAGAGUUCUACGCAAUGAAUA